UUUCGGGUCCCCGCGACGCGUUCUCUUCCGCGCUGCACCCACGCUACCUCCUCUCACUGACAGUCUGACACCUGCGCCCACACUACACACAGCCCCACCUGCCAUCCGCUUCCCAUCAUGCCUCCGUGAACAGACCGGGUCGCCACCUUCUCUUCAAGGGAGAGAGGCCACGCCCACGCCCACGCCCACGCUCGACUCUCUUGCCUGUUGCCUCCCUGGACCUUCCUCCUCGCGGCGCGUGCCGAGGUGGAGGAGGAGGAGCAGUGGCAGAGGAGAGCUAGCUGCCGUUGCGUGCCAGCUACUACUCCUUUCAGCUCCCGGAUCGAAGCACGGGUCGGUUAAAGCACGGGGCCCCGAGCCGAGCGCCACGGCCCGGCCCUGGUCCUGGCACGGAGACGGGAGGCCGACUUGGCAGGCAAGGUGGGUGCGGCGGAGGUGGAGGGAUGAGCAGCCUCGCCAUAGUGGAGAAGAAGCCGCCGCCGUUCCCCGGCGGCGGCUGCACGGGCGGCGUGCUCUUCCACCUCCUCGACUGGCACCGCCGCCUCGCCCGCAAGCGCAGGCUCUUCUCCCCGCGCCGCCUCCUCCCCUCCUCCCUCUCCCUCCGCUCCUCCUCCUCCCCACGCAGGCUCCCGUGUCCGCCUCCUGCUGCCCCGACGCCGCCACCACCGCAUACGGCGCCGCACCUGGCCGAUGGGGCCGCCGCCCCGGGUGUCGUCGCGCGCCUCAUGGGCCUGGAGUCCUGGCCCGCCACCGCCUCCGCCACCGCCGCGCCGCCCAGACCGCAGAAGCAGAGGAAGGUGGAGGCGUCGCGCCCGGACAGCGGCGCCACCAACGACUCGGCGGCGGUCGUGCUGGUGCUACCCACGACCCGGAGCCGUCGCCCUCCCGCGCCCGCUCCGACGGCCAGGAGCCACCACGGGGCCGACCUGCCUGCGCGGAGCCCGAGGCGGACCCGGCUCGUGCACGCGGCCGCGGCCAAGCUGCUGGACCCGGGCGCGCGCGCCAGGCUGGCCCUCGCGUACGCCUGCUCUUCCCCGCAGCACCGCAAGGAUGCCCACGCCGCCACCUUGCUUCAAGUUCAAGGCUCGGGGAUGGCCGACGACUUCCUAUCUCGCUCUGAGGACCGUUCCGCACGGCUACAGGUACACCCUCCUGGUCUUCCUGCGGAGACAGAUUGCGACACCGCCGCUGUCUCGCGUAGGCACGGCCAUUGUUCCAGUAACAAUGCCGAUGCAGCGAUCAGUACCAGCACGGUAGUGUUGCCUAGGAUGGAUUUUGGUGAUGGAAACAGGAGCAAAAGGAGCUCUGAUAUGGAUGCCAGGCACAAGGAGAGUAGAGUUAGAAAUGAGGUAAUGCGCACUUGUGCCAGAGUCAGAUCGAGUGCUGCUGCCGUUCAAACUGGAGAUGAGAGGCUGUUGCGCAAACGGGCAACACCUACUCGGCCGGAGGUCUCUGGGAUUACAGAGUCUGGAGACUUGGCUGGUUCGUCGCGCCUAGCUGGACGCGCUCGUGAAUUGGUAUCUGCUACUAGGAAGGUUGCACACGGUGGUUCUGGUCCAAGAAGAGAGUUCGUGGGAUCGACCAGUGGACUAGGGAGCAUGAACCGCAGGUCUUUGAACAGCCAAAAUGGAUUAACAUCCACAAGUAGGAUUUCUAGCAAUGGAUCUGCGCUUAAAAGGGGAUCAGGGAGGAAGGUGGGGAAUGAUAGAGCAAUCAGUAACAGAGAUGGCGGAAAUGCAGUUUCAUUUACUUCUAGAUCAUCUACAAAGCCAGUGGCCAGAACUUCGCCGCGGAGCAAUCUAUCUAAGAGUGGAUCCCCAAGUAGACUAGCUCCUGAUACAACUCGGACACAAGUGCCGGCUCCUGAAAAAAGAUAUAUUGAAGUUUCACCUUCUGUUAUGUCUACUUCUGAGAAAGAUGAAUUUAACAGGCUGUUGAAAGCAAGAAUCAAUGAGCUUGGCAUGUCGGAGAGGAUUGAGUGUACACCAGAUGAUUCACCUUCAGGAAAAUUGACUGUAGAUGUGCUGCAAGACCUCAUUUCUGACCUUACAAAUGACAUGAGCACUUCAAUCUCCCAAUGUAGCAAGUACUCUGGUGCAUCGGCACCCUUAAGUUGCAAUGGAAAUAUGGACUGCAUCAAUCAACCGCAUUGUAUAUUCUCCAAUGACCAAUCACCUGAUUUUCAGAAAUGCUAUCAGGGUGAACAAGAUGUUGAUUCUUCUGCUACAUCAUUAAACAAUGAGCCCAAUCAGCCAAGUCCAACGUCAGUCCUUGAAGCAUCCUUCUCAAAUGAUACUUCUUCUUUAGGAAGUCCAGUUGAAAAGAAUGAAGGAAAAGACUUGAUUGUGUCAAUUGAGAACAAGAUGGAAGAUCUCUUUAAUUUGGAGUCUGACAUUGUCGGUUUAGCAAUGUCAGUUGACACAAGGAAAACUGAUGUUGAAGAAACACUCCACAGCAAUGACAAGAUACCAUGUUUACAGAAUUUUCUUUCACAUGAUUUCAAUAUCUUAGAAUCCAGGCUCUGCACCAUUAGAGAAGCUAUUUCAAAUGCUGAACUGCUUGUGGGCAGUAGCCUCUUGCAUAGCACGUCACAUCUUCCACGCCAUCCUUUCAUUGUUGAAAUGCUGGAAAAUACUAUGGAUAUGUUUAGUGGAGGAGAGUAUUCAGAUUUUACUGAAGAUAAGAAGUAUCAACAUACCAACUUCCUGUUUGACUGCAUUAUAGAAUCACUGGAUUCAAAAUUCUGCAACUUUGGCAAAUGUGGAUACAAGGCUUGGCUGAAGCUGCCGCUCAGUUUGAGCAAAGAUCUGAUGAAGCGCCAGGUAUUGGAAGAUAUCACCAAAUGGAGGGAGUCAAGUGGGACUGCUCUUAGACAAAUUUCUGAAAAAGAAGUGGACCAAGUGACUGACAGGUGGGAUGCAAGCCAGGUUGAAGCAUUUGAUAUAAGCAUUGCAAUUGAGAACGACAUUCUUGAGGCGCUUGUUGGUGAGUUCACUGUUGACCUGUGGUGGUAUUGACUGCUCUAUGUGAGAUAUUGACAUGUUUGGACUUCUGCUCGCAUGAUUAUGGAUAAAUAAGAUACUGCGGAUAUGUUUGCUUUUUUCUCUGCAGUAAUUUUUGUACAGAGUCAUGUAAGGUUGAAGGACCUCCCGGUUGUUUUACCCUUUGUAUGUUGUAAUGGACACGUGCUAAAGCCUAAAAGUGUCUCCUAAUCUUUGUGGCCUUUUCGUCGGUCCUCUGAUAACAUUGUACGCCAGGGUACAUUUUGUUGUGUGUGAUGAAAAAGGCACCUUUUGCUGGAUCUAGUGCUAAGCAAAAGCAUGAAUUGGAAGACCGUUAGUCUGCCCAUGUUAGUACUUAAGUACAUGCUCUGCUGUAGGAUCCCACUCUGAAUCUCGAUGCAGCCAAGAGAAUUCAAAAUCC